ACUCUCCCAGUCACUGUCAUCCUCUCUGUCUCCCUCUCCCUCCUCUCUCUCUCUCUCUCUCUCUCUCCACAGCUGUGUUUUCUCUCUCUCUCUCUAAGAAGAACGCCCCGACUUUCCCCCCAAAUUCCAACACCUCUGAGCCCAGGGAUAGCAUUUCUGGAUACAUCAAUGCGUGAUCUUUCAGUGGUGCGCGGAUUGGAACCCUAAAUCUCCAUGAUUGCGCUCGAUUGUUCGGGAUUGAAGACGUAUUAUUGAAAAUGAUGAUGGAAGUUGCUGCAGUGGAGAGCAAUGGGGGAUUUUCCCCGCACUCGUCGCAGCUACAGAGCUGCGGGGAGAGCAGCGAAGAGGAGCUUUCGGUGCUUCCGCGUCACACCAAGGUUGUUGUCACUGGGAAUAACCGUACGAAAUCUGUGUUGGUAGGGCUUCAAGGCGUCGUCAAAAAGGCUGUUGGCCUCGGCGGAUGGCACUGGCUGGUUCUCACGAAUGGAAUUGAAGUGAAACUUCAAAGAAAUGCUUUGAGUGUUAUUGAAGCUCCAACUGGAAAUGAGGAAGACGAUGACCUUGAAUUCGAGCAUGUGCACUGUAAUGGCUCGGACAUGGCAUCCGAUGAUACUCAAAAGUCGCAUAGAUCAAGGCAUCGUACCCACAGGCUUUGCGGGUCGUCCCACAGGACUCUGAGUCGGUCCCUCUCGUGUGACUCGCAGUCUAAAGAUUCGACUUCAACUACUCCAAGGGCUUCCAUGAAAGUUGACCUCGGGAAGCUUGAGAGGGCUGCUUUAUGGAGAUAUUUGCAGCACUUCAACCUCGUCGAUGCGAUCCAUAACCCAUCCAAAGAACAACUCGUCGACGCUGUCCAUAGGCAUUUUAUGUCACAGCAGCAACUGGAUGAGUCGCAAGUGAUAACAGGAUUCGUCCAGGCUGCCAAGAGAUUGAAGACUAUCUGCAAGUGACGACGGGUAACUCCUCUCGCUGACUCUCUUAUAUGAAAUUGUGUAUAUGAGUACCGUGCAUUUGCGACCACCACCGGCAGUGUCUGCCGAGUUAGAUGGCAUCGUUAGGUAAUGUAGAAAUAGGUAAUGUAGAUAUAUGUGUAGCUCAGAUCGAUCGAUUGUUUGAUUGAUCACUGACUAGACACUCCUAAGAAGACAUGUUGACAGUAACUUUGGAUCAAAUAUAUUGCUAAUUAAUAUGGCCAUUUUAGGUUCCCUUGAUUUA